AUGGAGUUAAGGGAGGCUGGUGAUGGGGCGGCGGGGGAAUAUGAACGUCCUCCCAAGAAGUAUAGCUGGUCGGAAGUCAGGCAGGCGGUUCACGAUCUACGGAAAGAGCUCUCAUCUUUAUCCACUAUGGUGCCUAUGGCUAUUUCGUUUAGGAAGCUCAGCAAUGGAAAGAUGAGGAUAUAUUUCUUAAGAACACCUCAAAACGGAUGGGAGAUCACGCUUCUUUACACCGAUGUGACGCCAUCGCAGACCGCUAGUAAUAUGAGGUUAGAUUGGCGGCCGUUGAUUGAGUCAAAUGUAGCGCUGGGAGUUUCAUCAGGAAAGUGGUCUCGUGAGGAACAGCUUCUUUGGGAGCGGCAAAGAGUGGCUGCUUGGGGCAUAGCAUCAUAUGAACUACACCCCAAGACCGGAAGGGUGCUGUUCCCUUGUGCUUCAUCAUUGUUUAUAGCUGAAGAAGCGCCAAACCAGUCCCCUCCCCUAGUACCAAAGUCUCUCAGCACGGGGUGGGGGGCGCCACUAACGCCGGCUAUGUGUCCCGCCAUGCCGUCCCUGGUGGCCCACGCCGCACGCGGUGAUGUGUGGCUGGCGGGUGAUUCUCUAAGGCGGCCAGCGAGACUUACGUACGCCUGCAAAGGCAGGGAAGAACGUUUAUCAGACGAUCCCAAGCAGGCUGGCGUUCCUUGUUACGUGACUCAGGAGGAGUUUUCGAGAUACACUGGAAUAUGGUGGCAGCCGCAAUCUACAGAUAAUGUAUUUAGAAUAGUGUACGAGGAAGUUGACGAAAGCGAGGUCAAGAUAUAUAGUUUUCCGUCAUCACAGAGCUCGAGUGGGGAGGUUGAAGAAUUCAGGUUUCCUCGCGCCGGCACCCCUAAUGCGAAAUCAGUCCUUAAAAUGGUGACAUUCAGAUUACAGAAAGCUCCCCCCACCACCGUCCUCGAUUACUAUCAAGAAGGGAACUCAAAUACUGUUGCAUCAGAGAGUCCCGGCAAUAGUUCGGAUCCUUUGGAAGUCAUCGAUGUUAGAUGGUAUGAAUUGAGACAUUCAUUAAAAGAAGUGUUCCCCUGGUUUGAAUACCUGGCAAGAGUUGGUUGGACCCCGUGCUCACAGUACGUAUGGGUCCAAGUAUUGGAUAGGAAGCAGCAGAGAUUGGAGCUAGCUCUGGUGCCUGUGAGUGAGUUCAGUGUACCCGUGAAGUAUGAACAAGGGUCUGAUGGAGGAAGAUUGGAUGAAGAGGCUCCCGCUACGGGGAGUAGACAGGGGGACAGAACACAGAUCCAGGUGUUAGUGUCCGAAACGGCGCCGGACGCGUGGGUCAAUGUCCACGACAUCCUCCACUUCCUGCCGUCAGAGACCGGACACGUGAGGUUCAUCUGGGCGUCCGAAGACACCGGACACCUGCAUCUAUAUCUCAUCACCUGCGAGCUGAAUGGACGUAGGGCUAUGACGGUAACAGAUAUAAUGGCUGAGGAUGAGUCAAAUGCUGUAGGACCUCGAGUGAUCAGUAAAGAAGCUUUGACUGAUGGAGACUGGGAGGUCAUGGGAAGAAAAAUAUGGGUGGAUGAGCCCCGCGGCCUGGUGUACUUCGUAGGGCUCCGCGAGACACCACUGGAGCGCCACCUAUACGUAGUGUCAAUGUCCGCGCCGCGACAGGUCGUGCUACUCACUAAACCCGGACAUUCACAUAGUGUUGAUAUGGAUGAGGAUUGCUCGAUGGCCGUAAUAACGUCGUCAAAUAUAUCCGAAUGUCCAGUGACCCGGGUGUACCGAAUCACUCACAACGGGGAGAAGGUGACUCUCGUAGAUCACGGUACACUGGUGGAUAAAAUGCCCGAAUCACCAGAACCUCGUUCGUUCAACGGUACUUGGGACUGUCGCCCUGAUGAAGAGGAGUCUCCAAGCACUAGGCCUCCGCCCGUGCCCCCGCCGCAGAUACUAUCAACUCGCCUGUCCUGUGGAGCCCUAGCGUAUUGCACAUUGUGGCGGAGCGCCGUACCGGGGCGAAGGCCUACCGUAUUACAUGUAUACGGAGGGCCUGAAGUUCAAACGGUCACUAAUAGUUAUAAGGGUGUACGACAAUUGAGAAUGCAUAUGUUGGCUGCAAGAGGAUUUACAGUGGUGUCUGUAGACUCGAGAGGCUCCAAACAUAGAGGGAGGCUGUGGGAGGCAGCAAUCAAAGGAAAGAUGGGUCAAGUUGAACUGGAUGAUCAGGUUGAAGUUCUUCAAUGGCUGGCUAAAGAAACCGGUUGUAUUGAUAUGGAUCGAGUCGCUAUACACGGCUGGAGUUACGGUGGUUACCUAUCUCUGCUGGGGCUCGCGACUCGUCCAAACACCUUCAAGGUGUGCGUGGCGGGGGCUCCGGUCACUUGUUGGAGGCUGUACGACACGGCCUACACGGAGCGCUACAUGGGGCUCCCGGCCUGCGCCCCUCACGCGUACAGCAGGGCCAGUGUGUUGGCGCACGCACCAUUCUUUCCUGAUAGGGAGGGUCGUCUCCUUAUAAUACACGGUCUGGCCGAUGAAAACGUACACUUCUGCCACACGGCGGCGCUACUGGCGGAGCUCGUGAGGCUGGGGAAACCUCACAGAGUUCAGGUGUAUCCGGGCGAAAGGCAUUCACUUCGAGCGAUGCACGCGGCCAAGCAUUACGAGGCGACACUGCUGCAUUUCCUUCACGAGAACCUGUAA